AUGGAGCAGCAUCAAGUCUCUCUACCAAAAACGUUCCAGGGACACGACCUGGUUCAUUCAGAAUACAAGAUGUUCCGGCCACAGUUGAGACAGAUCUCGCUGCACUGUGAACGGGCAAAAUUGGGUCUUUCGGCCCCUGCUCGCCAGUUCUCCUGUACCCGUACAGUGGCCGAAGGUCAAGACAAGCCAUCCGCCAACCGUAAACCCAAUACCCGCCCUUCAUCAGGCAAUUUUAUGACCUACAAGCCUCGCGAUCCCAAUGCCCCUCCUCGCAAUUCCAACGGCCCACCAUCUCGCACCAACCAGUAUCAAUCUCGUCCUCCUCGAGUGAUUGACGCUAGAUCUUUCGCGGCGGCACGAGCCAGCGGUGGAGAGCAAUCUAAGAUUAUCCGCAGCCCGCGAUCCCGCAACGUUCGCGGCGGCGACCAAUUUACAAAUCGCAAGCCCAAGCCCUUCGCCAAAGGCGCUAAAGGUGCCAAAGCUGCCAAGGGUGCCAAGGGUAACCGGACUCGCUCACGCAGAAGCGCCAAAACUUCCGAGAAAGACGAGGGUGAAGAUGCUGAAGCGGCCGCUAUCGACCAAGUCCUGGAAGAGCAAAUCGUCAAAUCCCGACCAACUCCGAUUCGCUACGAGCCCCAGGAGAUCAACUACUCUACUUUGAAACAGACCUGGCCUUCAAUUCCCACCGACCUGAACUCACGUUCGGCUGCCGUCUAUGAGAAGCUUGCCACCCUGGGAGGCCGCGUUGCCAAUGGCUAUAUCCCACCCUAUGAGCUUGGAAGACGCCUGUGGAAGGGCCAGAACGUUCUGUUCACUAGCGAGACUGAGAAGGCCGAGGCUAUGGAAGAGAUUAAGCGAUUGGCCCAGCUUCGUGCCGAUCGGAUUUCACAGCGCAAGGGUGACCUUGUGGAGCCUCGGAAUGUCGAGUUUAGUCCCAUCGAUGCAGGAGCCACCAAGACUCUCAUAGAAACAUACGUUCAGGGUAACUACCCCGCGGCUGAAGUUGGGAAGGGUGGACAUGCCGUAUUGGGAGAGGUCUCGAAGAACCUCAGGAACAACGGGACCUACCAAACCACCGGAAAGACCGCACAGUUCAUGACCAAGAUUGAAUCUCUAGUCUCUGCUGGCCGCAAUGCCAAGACCAAGAGCGCCUAA